ACAGACAGAGGAGAUUAGGGAAAAUGAAGGUGGUAACCUGUGAGAUAGCAUGGCACAACAAGGAGCCGGUCUACAGCCUGGACUUUCAGCACAGCUCAGAUGGACGCUUUCACCGCCUGGCCACAGCUGGAGUGGACACCACAGUCCGGAUGUGGCGAGUAAACGCUGGCCCAGAUGGGAAGGCAGCGGUGGACUUCCUGUCUAACUUGGCCAGACAUACGAAGGCUGUCAAUGUGGUCCGCUUUUGUCCUAAUGGAGACUUCCUAGCUUCAGGAGGAGAUGAUUCUCAUAUUCUUUUGUGGAAGCUCAAUGACUGUAAGGAGCCGGAGCAGACUUCUGUUUUUCAGGAGGAUGAAGAUGCUCAGCUUAACAAAGAGAGCUGGUCUGUAGUCAAAACACUGAGAGGACACAUAGAGGACGUGUACGACAUCUGCUGGACGCGAGAUGGAAACUUCAUGAUUUCUGGGUCUGUUGAUAACACUGCAAUUAUGUGGGACGUCAACAAAGGACAGAAGUUGUGUAUCUUGAAUGACCACAAAAGCUACGUUCAGGGAGUGACCUGGGACCCUCUGGGCCAAUAUGUUGCCACUCUCAGCUGUGACAGGGUUAUGCGAGUGUACAACACUCACACAAAGAAGAAGGCCUUCUGUGUCAGUAAAAUGAGCUCAGGUUCACCUACAGAGGGAGAGCAGAUACCUGUGUCCACAUGGAAGCAGCCUGAGCUCACCAUGGAGUGA